CCGGUAAGCUGGGCCGGUAUCAAGGAAAUGAGGGGCGAGAAAGCUCCAUCGCUAGAUAGAUAUGCGUACUCCGGAAUACGGAGUGCGUACAUGAUCGCAUCUCCCCGAACAUCCUUUGGCUACUUUGUUUUUCUCAUCGGUCACUUUUUAUUCUUUUCGGCCUAUCGAGAACAUGGGUGAAUUCGUGCGCACAGAAGUCCUUGGGACUACUUAUGAGAUCACCGAGAGAUAUAGCGACCUCCAGCCGCGAGGCUUCGGGGCUUCUGGUGUAAUCUGUUGCGCACACGAUUCGCUAUCCAACCUCCCAGUAGUGCUCAAGAAGAUUGCGAAUCCGUUUGAUAAUGUCGCUGUUAUUAAGCGUACACUCAGGGAGGUGCAUUUGUUGAAUAAACUGCGACAUGAUAAUCUUAUCAAUAUGAAUGAUAUCUUCAUCUCCCCAUCGGAGGACUUAUAUCUGGUCACAGACUUUAUGAUGACAGAUUUGUAUCAGGUUAUUCGAACGACGACGUUGGAUGGCCAAUUUGUCCAGUUCUUUACCUAUCAGAUCCUGCGAGGAUUGAGAUACAUCCACUCAGCCGGCGUUAUUCAUCGUGACCUGAAGCCCCAAAAUCUUCUCGUCAACAACAACUGUGAUCUUAAAAUCUGUGACUUUGGACUCGCGCGGGAGCAAGAUCACCAAAUGACCGGUUAUGUCGUGACAAGAUAUUACCGGGCCCCAGAAGUCAUGCUAACAUGGCAGCAAUAUAACUACGCAGUUGACAUAUGGAGCGUAGGAUGCAUUCUUGCCGAAAUGCUCCGGGGGAAGCCUCUCUUCCCAGGCAAAAACCAUAUCGACCAGUUCACGAUUAUCACGCAAGUUUUGGGAAACCCGCCCCAGGAGGUUGUUGAAAGGGUAUACAGCAGAAACACACUGAAAUUCCUGGAGUCACUACCACCGCGCGAGCCACAUCCGCUUUCAUCGUUUUUCACGGGUGCUGAAGAGGAAGUGGUCGAUCUCAUUGAGAAGAUGCUUCAACUUGACCCAUACAAGAGGAUUACUGCUACAGAUGCCCUGUCCCAUCCAUAUCUUGUGAACUUUCACGAUCCAGAAGAUGAGCCUGAGGCUAGUGAAGAAAUUAACAUGUCAUAUGAUGAAGUGGAACUUUCGCCGGAGGAGUGGAAGAAGAUAAUGUACCGUGAAGUUUUGGACUUCCAUGAAGGUUCUGCACCAAGUAAGCCGGGUGCUUAGAGUGAGAAAGGUGUUUUCCAAUUCCAAACAAGAUAACAUGAUGGAAACCUCAAUCCAGAAAUUAAUCCAUGCAAAGCCUGGCCAAUCGAGAGAUGCAUUAGGUGUGGUCUCCGCUAUAUAAAUACACUGAUCCUGAUAUACGAAACUUGGUCUGUCAUAGCUUUAAUAACCAGUAAUGAUAAUAUGAAGCGAUAAGACCGGGAAUACGGCAGACUCGGGACUAUAAGUAUGUAUCUAUAUCUUGUGAUGAACAUGAAUAAAUAAGAGAAGCAAGCUAGAAAAGG